AUGAAUAGGAAACGAAUAUUGAUCGGAGAGAUAAGCAUUGUACCUAGCAUUAAUAAAGGUUCUAAGAGAAGCCGUGGAAAGUUUUUAAAUUCUUUUAUCACCUAUUUUAAAAAAGAUUUUAGCGUGAUGUUAAAAAAAGCAUGCGAGGAUGGCGCGCAAUUCAAAAGCCCUACUAUGACAGAUAUCUCUAAGUUAGCUUCAAAGGCAUGGGUCAAACUGAGUCCUGAAGCAAAGAUGUACUAUUCGAGUAAAGCCGAAAAAAACAAACGAGCUUUCAAUACAAAAGAUUAUGAUAAUCUGAUCUGCUUCGAAAAUGUUGUUUCUGAUGAUAUAAUCAAGCGCGAACUGGAAGCUUUGGUUGGCGAAGCUUACAGAAAUUAUGAAAAAGAUUGUAAAAAUAGUGAAAAGGCAAUUGAA